ACAAGACAAUGUGCACCUUCUGCCUCCUCCCCUCAUUGUACUGCUCCGCUCCAACACUCCACCCACUUCUGCCUAACCCCGCCCCUUCCCUGUAUAUCUGCCCUCACCACUCAGACAUGUGACCACUUCAUUUGUAACUUGGCAACCGAGGGACCGGAAGGAAGAAUGCCGCAUACCACACAGCUCUACGUGGCCGUUCCUGCCUCAUGCUGGCCCAUUAUCUAUUCAGCCGACUACAACAUCACGUUUGUUGGCUUCGAAAAGCUCCAUCCAUUCGAUUCUGGAAAAUGGGGAAAAGUUAUUGGAUUUCUGCGGGAGGAGAAGUUGGUGACAGAGGACACCCUGGUAACUGCCAUUGAGGCUUCAGAAGAGGAUCUGCUGGUCGCACACACACGUCGUUACCUGAAUAAACUGAAGUGGUCUUAUGUGGUGGCCAAUAUCACUGAGAUCCCCCCACUGUUCCUGCUCCCCAAUUUUAUUGUCCAACGUAAAGUCCUUAAGCCAUUGAGGCUGCAGACGGGCGGCACCAUCAUGGCUGGAAAACUCGCUAUGGAGAGAGGCUGGGCGAUCAAUGUGGGUGGCGGCUUUCAUCACUGUUCUGGUGACAGCGGAGGAGGAUUCUGUGCAUAUGCCGAUAUCACGUUGGCCAUUAAGUUCCUGUUUGAGCGAGUGGAAGGGGUAUCAAAAGCCACCAUCAUAGACCUGGAUGCCCAUCAGGGAAAUGGGCACGAGAGGGACUUUAUGGAAGAUAAGAGAGUGUAUAUUAUGGAUGUGUAUAAUCGACACAUUUAUCCUGGUGAUCACAAUGCAAAACGAGCGAUCAAGAGGAAGGUCGAGUUGGAUUGGGGAACAGAAGACAAGGAAUAUCUGAAUAAAGUGGAGACGCACAUGAAGGGAGCCCUGAAUGAGGAACGGCCAGACAUCAUUAUAUACAAUGCGGGGACUGAUAUUCUGGAUGGGGACCCCCUUGGAGGCCUCUCUAUUUCCCCUCAGGGCAUCAUUAAAAGGGACGAGAUUGUUUUCACCAUCGCCAGAAGUCAGCACAUUCCUAUUUUAAUGGUGACCUCGGGGGGAUAUCAGAAGCGCACGGCGCGGAUCAUCGCAGACUCCAUUAUGAACCUGCACAGCCUGGGCCUCAUUAGUAAAUCACCAGCGGAGACUUAACCCCAAGGCCGACGCCGAUACGGAGAAAGAGUCUUGCACAUAAGAUUAUAUUAUAUAUGGAGGGUGAAUGUUAUCUCUCACCAGGAUCAUUGUGGCAAUAAUUUUAAUACUGUAUCAUGUGAAUAAUGUAUUUUAAUGUGUGGAGGGCAAUACUGUUGUGUAAAUAGUGUGUGUGUAACUCAUAGGGGUGUGGUGCAAUGAGCUGGGGUUCAGCGGGGUGCAUGCAAUAACAGACUGAUGUAUCUGGUCUCUUCACUUAUCAUGGUGGAAGAAGCUUUGUUUCUUGUUCUAACACCCCACGCCCAACCCAUGCACCUUAAUCUGCAGGAAACCAACUGCAAUUUAUUGAUGUCAUAUAGAAAUACCUUGUGGUCAAGGCCAAGAAUGGAGGAGGCGUUUAUUCUAGUUCAUCCAUAGCUGCAAAGCAGAAAGCUUCAUCAUCACUGCCUUAGAGGAACAUCUCAAGAGGCACCACCGAUUGACUCUUCUACAGGUCUCCUAAGGCUGCCCAUGCUUCUCCUAUAUGGAAAAAAAAAACAUUGGUUGCUGCCAUGUUUUGGCCUCAGUGUGGGGCCCAUAACAGUUUGGAGACCUUUUAAGUGGUUGGCAAGAACACAGAUAUUGAUUUUUAGCACUUUAGUACAAUGUGAAGAGCAACCACGCUAACACUGGCCCCCUUUGAACCUGUACAACCAGGAAUAGACCAUGCCUCCUCCUCUCAAGGAUUCACUAAAAGUGGUUGUUCCUUCUCUUGAACACUCAA